UCUCUCACUGUGUAAACGAAACGACAAUAGAAACAUUCCCAAACCCCUUACUCUUCCCUCCACAGUUCCCUAUACCCAUUUCUCUGCUCCAUUAUUUCAUCAAAAUAAAAUUGUCUUUCACGUUACUACAAGACAAAGUUGGGUCCUUUUUCUGAGUUGGGUCUUUUGGCGUUUUGGGUUUUGGCGAUGGCUCGAAACCCAAGAGUCAUUGCGGCGUUUAAUGCAAUGAAGCGUUUGGAUAUCCCACCUGAGAAGGUGAAACCCGUGUUGAAGAAGCUGUUGGUGUUGUACAAUAUGAAUUGGGAUUUGAUUGAAGACGGGAAUUAUAGAACACUCAUAGACGCCUAUUUUGAGCUCAACGAAGGUGGUGCCACUAGUGGCAAAGAUGAGGUUGAAGAUGAUGAAAGGUCACCAAAAAGAGUUAAACAACAGAGUUUAGUAGAAGGAAAAGGGAAGGAACCCAUUUCUUGUGGUGAUGAUGAUGUGGUUGCUGGAGAUGAUAUUGAUGUUGAUGAUAUUGUUCAUGAUGAUGAUGGUGGUGGUGGUGGUGAUGCUGUGUGUAAUACAACUAUUACUAGUACUGAAAAUCCAAUGCUGGAUCAACCCAUUACAGUUCUCCCUCCUCCAGCUCGUCCAAGGUCCUCAAAUGGUUCAACUGCGAAACCUAUUGUCAAGGUUCUGCCUCUUCAUUAUGUGCUUCUUGGCAAUGACAAUGACAAUUCAGUGGGCACUGGCCAUACAAGCCAUGAGACUGAUUUUGGUAUUGCUUCUUCAUCCUUGGGAGAAGUGAAAAUCUUAUUGAAUUGUGAUUCUGCACUUCGUCAAAUGAAUUUUCGUAUUCCAAAGUUAGACUCAGUUCUGAAAUAUGUGGAGGAUAAAUAUUUCAGAUCAGGGAAAAUUGUUGGGCCCCAGUUUUCUGUGAGAAUGUUGUUGAAGGAUUUGUGUGAAAGUUAUUUGAAGCUGGGUACAAAUUCUCUUGAUAGAUCUACUGCUGUUAACUCUUCUUCUGAUGUGAUUAUAGAUGUCCGUGAUGCCUCACGUAUUACUGGACCAAAGAAGAGAGCUUUUGCAGUACGUACUUCUGAAACAGAUUCAAAUCGAAAGGGUUCAGGCAGUUCUAGGCAUAUAAAUUCACGAAAUCUGGUUCAUGAUGGGAACAGGGCCUUCUGUAAUAUACUUGACAUAACAAAAGGUGCAGAAAAAGUGAAAAUAUCAUUGGUUAAUGAAGUUGGCAGUGAGCAGCUCCCAAAAUUCAAUUACAUUCCACACAAUAUAAUUUAUCAGAAUGCUAAUGUAAAUAUUUCAUUGGCUCGGAUUGCGGAUGAGGAUUGCUGUGAGGAUUGUUCAGGAGACUGUCUUUCAUCAUCAAUUACUUGUGCAUGUGCUCGAGAAACUGGUGGAGAGUUUGCUUACUCGCCACAAGGCCUGCUGAAAGAAGAAUUUCUAAGCGCUUGUAUCUCUAUGAAGCGAGCACCUCAAGAUCACCAUUUUGUUUAUUGUCAAUACUGCCCAUUAGAGAGGAUGAAGAAUGAGGACAUGCCUGAACGAUGCAAGGGCCAUUUAGUCCGUAAGUUCAUUAAAGAAUGCUGGAGAAAAUGUGGAUGUGACAUGCAGUGUGGUAAUCGAGUAGUGCAGAGAGGCAUAACACGCAAGUUGCAGGUGUUCUUGACUCCUGAAGGAAAAGGAUGGGGUAUCAGAACACUUGAGGACAUCCCCAAAGGAGCCUUCAUAUGUGAAUAUAUAGGGGAAGUACUAACCAACAUGGAGUUAUACUAUCGGAUUCUGCAAAGCAGUGGCAACGAGAGACAUACGUACCCAGUAACACUUGAUGCCGAUUGGGGCUCAGAAGUAGUUUUAAAAGAUGAGGAGGCACUUUGUUUGGAUGCCACAUGUCAUGGAAACGUUGCAAGGUUCAUCAACCAUAGAUGCUUUGAUUCGAACUUGAUUGAUGUUCCAGUUGAAGUGGAGACUCCAGAUCGUCACUAUUAUCAUCUUGCCUUUUUUACUACGAAGAAAGUGCGUGCUUUUCAAGAACUGACAUGGGAUUAUGGGAUAGACUUUGCUGAUGAAAAUCAUCCAAUUAAGGCAUUUCAAUGUCGUUGUGGAAGUGAAGUCUGCCGAGACAAGAAACAUAAAAGCCUAAAAAAGGUGGAUCUUAAACAGAAAUCAAGCAGUUGCUUUCAAUUAUCUUUUGAGAACUUUGGACCUCCCAAACACCUCAGAGGGCCCAAAUAACUGAAAGCCUUAACCAUGAUAUAGGGAGAGAGAUUACGUGGAGCUAGAUCAAUGGGUACAACACUUAGAUGAAUAAUUGACAAGAUCAUUUUCUGAAGGACAAUUCUCUUUUUUCUGCAACUUCCUACCAAUUAAUACAGAAGUAACUACAAGAACUUUCAUGAAGAGAGAUUUUUUUUUUCCAAAGAUAAAGUUUUGGAGAUGUCUGAGGAUAUUUUGGGAAGUUUAACGAUGAUAUGUUUCACUAUAUCAUACAUAGAGCUUUUGAAUUUCUGUAGUUGUCCCUGUCAAUUUUAGAGCGGAAGCAGACACAUGGAGAGUAUUUGUUUGUUUUUGGCUCAAGUCCCUCACACAUUUGUUAUAGCAUACCACAUGGACCAGAAUUGAUGCAUGUCCUACAGCAGACAGACAUUUUUAGGUGUAGAUUUUAUGCUUUUUCCCUCCUUAGAAUUUUUUUUUUUUGUCUUUUUUUUUUGAGAAACUCCCUCCUUAGAAAUCAGUUGCACAAAUUCCUGCUCCAUUAAAGCAUACAAUUGAUUUCUCCUACUGUUUGAGCUGCUUUGUGCCUAACAUCUUUUAUCUUUUUGAAGAAAUCAAGUGUUCGGAAUUUUUGUCUACAUCUAGCAGCCUAUCUUGUAGGUAAUUCUCAUUGAAGUUUUUGAUUUUAUGGAAAUUUUUUGACUCUGUAUGUUCAAGAUUUUAAUACAAGGUUAUCAUACCAUGAGUCCUUGCCUAUUGACUGUCUAAGAUUGCUUUUUUAGUUACUGGACUCAUGAUGCCACCGAAGAAUAUGGAUUAUAGGUUUUAAAUAUUGUUCUAGAGACGUGAAGAUUACAAGUGGAUGAUUUGGCAGAAGACAAAAUUUGGUUACAAACUUGGU